AUGGGAAAGACACGCCCCGACAAGAAGAACAAAAAGAAAGGCGGCAUCUCCCGCGCCGCCCAAGCCGAUAGCUCCAACACCAACGACGGCGCCAAGGCCAUCUCGCCGCUCUACCUCGUCUCGGUCGCCGAGGAGCUCGUGCAAGGCGGCAAUGCACCGGAUGCACUUACGAUCUGCAAGCAGGCGCUCGAGGCGUCCCAGCCGAGCAGUGACGGCGCCCUCGCGUCUCUCAACCUCCUCGGCCAGAUCAACAUCGAGCUUGGCGACUUCGACGCCGCGCGGUCCUGCCUCAUGCGCGCCGUGUCGAUAGACCAGGACGGGUCGCGAAGCGAGGAGGUCGGCGGCGGGCCCGAGAAGUUCCUGUGCCUGGCGCAGCUGAGCGAGGAGGGCGGCAUGGACAGCGUCAAGUGGUUCGAGCGGGGCGCCGGCGUGCUGAAGGCGCAGAUACAGAGGCUCGAGGAGGCGACGCCCCUGAGGAAACGCGACGAGGCGCAGGAGACGACGCUCGACGGUCUGAGGAGGAAACACGCCGCGUGUCUCUGCGCGGUCGCGGAGAUCUACAUGACGGACCUGUCCUGGGAGGCCGAUGCCGAGCAGCGCUGCGAGGCGCUUGUCACGGAGGCGACCAUGGUCGCACCGGACUCGGCCGAGAGCUGGCAGACGCUGGCGAACGUCAGGAUCUCGCAGACCCGGAUUGAUGAUGCGAAGGCAGCGCUCUCGAGAAGCGUGGAGAUCUGGAAGGAUCUGCCCAUGGAGGAUCCGAGCGUGCCCGACUUUCCCACGAGGGUUAGUCUAGCGAGGCUUUUGAUGGAGGUUGAAAUGGAGCAAGAGGCCUUAGAAGUACUUGAACGUUUGGUCGGCGAGGACGACGAUAGCGUUGAGGUUUGGUAUCUCGGCGGCUGGGCCCUGUUCGUCAUGGGCGACAAGCAGAAGGCGAACAAGAAGGAAGAAGACGCAGAAUGGAAGAUGACCUGGUUCUCGAGUCGGACGUGGUUGAACCAGUGUUUGAUGCUAUUCAAGAAGCAGGAGUACGAGGACGACAGACUCGGCGACCACGCUCAGGAGCUUCUGUCUAACAUUGCAAAGGAGCUUGGCGUUGCACCUAUCAUGGAGGAAGGCGAGGAAGAAGAAGAAGAGGGAGACUGGGAAGACGAUGAGGCUAAUGAGGACGACGAAAUGGAAGGCUGA